UGGCCAUUAGAGAUGGACUCGUCUCCUGCGAAGACCAAUCUGCCGGCGCGGCUUCCACGAAUUGGAAAAACCGAUCCUUUCAGUGCGCUGAUCCAAAAGCUUGCAAGCCGACAUCUUUUGCUCAUGCACUUGGCAGAUACUUUACAGAUCUCAUUGAGAAACCUAUCACGUUUGAGGAAUUCCGUACCACUCAAGACCAUCUGCUCACACCGCUGUGUCGACACUUGCUCCAUGACGUACAUCACCCUGCCCUGGUUGCAGCACUGCUGUAAGACGAAAGCUUCCGGAAACCAGAUCAAGCUGACAUUGUAUCUCGAUAGCCACUUUGUCACUCUCGAGGCCGACGAGGAGCAGGGGAUUCACGCCGCAAGGGGAUUCGCUUGUGAAGCCGUUGCUACAAGGUUUAUCAUUGGCUUGGCCGACAGGGAGAUAAUUGACUCGCUUCUAUACGAAUUAGAUAUUCCUGAUAACUCAGAGACCGACACCCAAGUCGUGAAUGAGAACCAGCCAGAACUCUUAUCGCCAGCUACCGAGCAGUCUCCUCUGCUGCCACAAUCAAGUCUACGUUCUCGUGGAAGCUACAGGAGCAGAAUCACCAUCCCUGAAUCUUAUGACGGUGUCGCUGAAGACUCAUCCGCUGCUACUAAUGCCGAAUUGGCCGAGCAAUUCGACGGUCUCAAUGCGUUGGAGAUUGCAGCUGUAUCUGGAGCCAAAAAGUUCCUAUGUCAGAAGCAGGUCCAAAGGAUCAUCAACGCAAUCUGGACUGGAGAUAUCAUGUUCUGGAACAAACUUAGCGCUGAUGCACAGAAAAAGGCGCAGAUCUACCAACGCAAAUCCAUGGAUCCUUUCUGUCGCCUGCGUGUCCCCAUCUAUCUCAAGGCUUUUGAAGUUCUCUUCUUUGUGGCAUUUCUGGCAUUCUAUUAUGCUGUCUUAAUGCAGCGUUCGUUCUACUCAGUGACUACAGCUGAGAUGUUCCUCUACAUCUGGAUCGCAUCGUUUGCCCACAACGAGAUUGGAGAGUUCUGGGAUGCAGGCACCACAACAUUCUAUCUUGCAGACUUCUGGUCCCUCUGGGACUUGUUCGUAAUAGGCAUUGGGGUUGCGUUCUUUAUUACUCGGAACGACAAGAUCAUUGAUACAUCCUUCGAUAUCCUCGCACUCGAGGCGUUGUUUCUCAUCCCUAGAAUCUGCUCUCCGCUGCUCUCUCUGAACUCUUAUUUCGGCACGCUGCUUCCAUGUCUUACUGCAAUGACGAAGGACUUCUUAAAGUUUCUUUCGCUUGUGGCAAUAUUGUACUGUGGCUUCUUGUCAACUUUCUGUCUGCUAGGUAGAGGCCAGUUCACCUUCCGCCAGAUGGCUCUCAUCCUAACGAAGGUUUUCUUCGGAAGCUCAUAUCUGGGCUUUGAAAUCAGCGAUAAGAUUUCACCUUAUCUUGGACUGCCACUCAUGCUGGUUUUUGUAACCUUAAGCAACGUUUUGUCGCAUGCCAGAGAAGAGUAUCUCUAUGUAUACUCGGUCUUUGUGCUCGAAGCAUCAACAUCGAACAGACUCACCUACUUCAUCCCUCCUUUGAACCUUUUCUCACUCGCUCUUAGACCUCUGAGAUUGUUUCUGUCUUCUGAACAGUUACGCUACAGUCGCAUAGUGGUUCUCAAAAUGACGCAUUUGCCUCAUGUACUGCUCAUAAAUCUGUACGAGAAGAUGCAGUCUGUCCGUAGAAAGAACACUACCGGAUUCGGCCUCGGAUCACCCCGAGGUAUCGAAAAGCCACCUGGUUGGAGACGAUCUGUGUUGAACAAGAGGCUCCCAUCACGAUACCCGCUGUUGGCGCCAAAUUCGAGACCUGACACGGGUGUCGACCAAUUGCAGGUGUCGCAGGGCUCACAGCCUUCGGCCCCUGCUGCCAUCAACAACGAUAUCAAGACCGUGCUCGAUCAGCUCACUUUGCAGAUAGGACAGCUCAAAGGCGUUAUCGAAGAGCAAGAGCGUCAGCUCCAAGCGAACAAUGACUAA